CCCUUGGGUGGGGAGCCACGGAGGGACUGGAUAGACAGUUCUCUCCGGGAUAGAAAUAGCCAUUGCCAGACUGAACCAAAUGGAAGAUAAUGUGUGAUUUCAACUCAGAUUUCCUCACAAAGAGAAAAAUGGAAGACGGGCCCCUCCCACUGUUGACUUUUCUCACAGCUCCUUAUCAUGACCAGAAACCGGGAACCAGUGGCUUGAGGAAGAAGACCUAUUACUUUGAGACAAAGCCGAGCUACCUGGAGAAUUUUAUCCAGAGCAUCUUCUUUUGCAUAGAUUUAAAAGACCGACAGGGCUCCUCCAUGGUGGUUGGCGGAGAUGGGAGAUACUUUAAUACAUCAGCUGUAGAAACAAUAGUGCAGAUGGCCGCCGCCAACGGGAUUGGAAGAUUAGUGAUUGGACAGAACGGCAUUCUCUCCACUCCGGCCGUGUCCUGCAUCAUUCGGAAAAUCCAAGCCAUUGGUGGGAUCAUCCUGACAGCCAGCCAUAACCCCGGCGGCCCUAAUGGAGACUUUGGGAUCAAGUUCAACAUCUCCAAUGGAGGUCCGGCUCCUGAAGCCAUCACGGAGAAAAUCUUCCAGAUCAGUAAGACGAUUGAAGAAUACGCCAUCUGCCCGGACCUGAAAGUCGACCUCAGUGUCCUUGGGAAGCAGCAGUUUGACCUGGAGAACAAGUUCAAGCCGUUCACAGUGGAAAUCGUGGAUUCGGUGGAGGCUUAUGCUACCAUGUUGAGAAACAUCUUUGACUUCAGUGCCCUAAAGGAGCUGCUCUCAGGCCCCAACCGGCUCAAGAUCCGCAUCGAUGCCAUGCACGGAGUUGUGGGACCGUAUGUUAAGAAGAUCUUGUGUGAAGAGCUUGGUGCUCCUGCCAACUCAGCCGUCAACUGUGUCCCUCUGGAGGACUUUGGGGGCCACCACCCUGACCCGAACCUGACCUACGCAGCUGAUCUGGUGGAGACCAUGAAGAGCGGAGAGCAUGACUUUGGGGCCGCCUUUGAUGGAGACGGGGAUCGAAACAUGAUUCUGGGAAAGCACGGAUUCUUCGUUAACCCUUCGGAUUCCGUGGCCGUCAUCGCCGCCAACAUCUUCAGCAUUCCGUACUUUCAGCAGACGGGCGUCCGGGGCUUUGCCCGCAGCAUGCCCACCAGCGGGGCCCUGGACCGGGUGGCCAACGCUACAAAGAUCACUUUGUAUGAAACUCCGACGGGCUGGAAGUUUUUUGGGAAUCUGAUGGAUGCAAACAAGCUGUCCCUCUGUGGGGAGGAGAGCUUCGGCACGGGCUCUGACCACAUCCGGGAGAAAGACGGCCUGUGGGCCGUGCUAGCGUGGCUCUCCAUCAUUGCCAACCGCAAGCAGAGUGUGGAGGACAUCCUGAAGGACCACUGGCAGAAGUACGGGAGGAACUUUUUUACCAGGUACGAUUACGAGGAGGUGGAUUCGGAAGGCGCCAGCAAGAUGAUGAAGGACCUGGAGGCCGUGAUGUUCGAUCGCUCCUUUGUGGGCCGCCAGUUCACGGUGGGGGACAAGGUCUACACUGUGGACAAGGCCGACAACUUCGAAUACAGCGACCCCGUGGACGGCAGCGUGUCAAGAAACCAGGGCCUGCGGAUCAUUUUUGCCGAUGGUUCCCGAAUUAUCUUCCGGCUGAGUGGGACGGGCAGUGCCGGGGCCACGAUCCGACUGUACAUCGACAGCUACGAGAAGGACGCGGCCAAGAUCUACCAGGACCCCCAGGUCAUGUUGGCCCCCCUCGUUUCGAUCGCCCUGAAGGUGUCCCAGCUCCAGGAAAGAACCGGCCGCUCCGCGCCCACCGUCAUCACCUAAAGCCUGCCUUCGAGUCACCCGCCGCCCCCGAGCCUCCUUGCUGGGUUGUUUAAGAACAGAACAAAUUAUGUUUUUACUCAGGCUUUUUACCACCAGUGUCGUCCCCAAGAUGUUCAUGUCCUUUCACAAGGUACUAGCAACCGAGGAAAAAAUGGGAGCCGGGGCACUGAGCCCACCCAUUGCCCCUUCUCCUUCUGUGUCCUGCAGAAGGAGCAGGCGGGUGCACCGGAUAGUGGACUUAGCUAGGAGGCAGGAAAGCCCUGAGUUUGAAUCCUAUCCCCGACAUUUACUAGCUGUGUGACCCCUAGUACCCACGGCACAGUCCUGGGCGAGUUGUGACCUCUCCUGGGGAAGGGACUUUGCACAUAGGGAGGUCCCGCAGGGACGAUCUCGGCUCUUUUCUUCGGUCCAGCGCGCUUGUGCGUGGAGUCACGGAUCUAGACAGGAAAGGCCCCCAGGUGCUUACCUAGUCCAGGCCCCUUCAUGUGACAGCGGAAGAAGCUGAGCCCCAGGGAGGCUUCGGUCACUUGCCCAGUUACCCAGGUACUCGGCCUCAGAGCUGGGCUCAGACCCAACCCGUCGGGUGCUUACCUGCCACAGGACGAGGUUGGGUCGAACCCCGGGCCCCCGCAGCCUUCCCUCCGUGCUCAGAACUCCCGGUGCGUUAAUCAGUGGCCGCUGGUGUUUCUUCCCGCGUUGGGAAAACCGCCCUGGUUUCCGUGUCUGGUUUUGUCUACGAUGUCCCACACGGCGCCUUCCCACGCUCGGUGUCGGCUCGUUUCCACCGUGUUCUCUCUCAUUUGCUCGCCCAAGGAUGGCUGGAUAUUAAAAGAAUUGGGUCCCAUUUCCUGAAA